AUGUCAUUUGCAAAAAAAUUGGACCGAGCCGUCCAAUGGGCCGGUGAGAAGAUGGGCUCAGAGGCCAAAACCACACACUCUGAUGAGUUCCAGAGGCUAGAGGCCGAAAUGGCGCUUCGUCAACAAGGGAUGGAAAGCCUGCAAAAGGCGACUACCGCAUAUUCGAAAUGGAUCUCUCGCCGAUGUGAGGCGGCGGAAGACAAAAACCGAGCGCCCCCCACCGCCGUGCUUGGUCGUGCCAUGGUGGCACAUGGGAACGAUUUUGACCAGGAUUCGGAGUUUGGCAACCAUCUCGUGGCUGUUGGCCGUGCCAACGAGCGGAUCGCAAAUCUUCACAACAACUACGCCGAGGAGGUCAAUGCCAACUGGCUCCAUCACUUGGAUCGAAACGUUGCCAUGAUGAAAGAGUACCAGGCGGCUCGUAAGAAGCUAGAGAGCCGACGACUCGCGUACGAUACCAGUGUUGCCAAAAUGCAAAAGGCUAAACGAGACGAUUUCCGUAUUGAGGAGGAAAUGCGCGUCAGCAGAACCAAGUUUGAUGAUACUAGCGAGGAUGUCAUGCGUCGCAUGCAGGACGUUCAAGACACUGAGGCGGAGUCGAUUAGCGCCCUGAACUCAUUCUUGGAAGCUCAGCUCAAUUAUCACGAGAGAGCCGCGGAGGAACUUCGACGCAUCUGCCAGUCACUGGUAGACGGCGGCCCAGCAGAUUCCCAGCAACAAGACGAACUUCGCAUUUCCCGAACCCGAAAAUCCUCCAUCUCCACAUCUUGGCCCAAAACAAGACAUGUCUCUUCGGAGCAAUUGAGCCCGGCUGAGAGACUUCCCAGUCGUCUCCUGACAAGCUCUCAGGCUGCCCAGCCACCGCCUCCUCUGCCGGCACCCUCCCAAGAUCCGCGCCAAUCGUUCGUCCGCGCUGCUACGUUUGGUGAACAAACCCCGCUAGCAUCUGUGGCCACUAGGACGCCAUCAAUGGCCCGCACCGCCACUGACAGGAGCUCGUAUACUGGCCACUGCGAGGAUGUGUUUCGAGAUGAUGAAUCUACUGGCAGUGGAGAUGGAAGCCCCGGCUGGGGCAAUCGUAGUACGAGCUCUGCCACCAGCUAUGGCAGCUCGUCUCGGAUGACAGGCGGCCACGAAGUCAAGAAAGCGCCGCCUCCACCGCCACCUGUGAAUAGAGCAAAGAAGCCUCCCCCGCCGCCCGUACCAGCUCGACGGGCUCAUUUGGGAUACUAA